AUGAGGCUGUCACUUGCCGCCGUCGGCGCCGUCCUUGCCCCGGCUGGCCUCGCUCAGGUUGUCUCCUACAGUGACUCCUCCGGCCUCACAUUCUUCACCGGUAGUCGCACCGACAAGCCCGCCGCGUCAACGGGACCUCCGUCCGAUGCCUAUACCAGCUACGGCACGCAAAUCACCCUCACGGGCAUUAAUGAUACCACCACGGCCACCUCGACCACCGUCACGACACCCACCAGCACAACCAACAGCACCACGUCUGCCACGCCCACAAAUACCCAGCCUUGCAACAACUACGUCGAGUUUUGCACGCGCAAGUACAGCAACAUUAGCUUUGUCGCCGCCCACAACUCGCCCUUUGUCCGCCCCGGAAACUCGGGCUCCAACCAGGCCCUGCCCGUCAAGGUCCAGCUCAACGACGGCAUCCGUCUGGUCCAGGCCCAGAUGCAGUGGCCGACCAAUGGCACCGAGCCGCACUUUUGUCAUACCUCGUGCGACCUCCUCGACGCCGGCCCCAUUGACGAAUGGCUGACCGACGUCCGCGAAUGGGUCGACGACCACCCUUACGACGUCGUCACCAUCCUCCUCGGCAACGGCAACUACUCGGACGCCUCGCUCUACAAGCCCUAUAUCGAAAAGAGCGGCAUCCAAAAGUAUGCCUACACUCCGCCGCUACUGCCCAUGAAGCUCAAUGACUGGCCCACACUCGAGGAGCUCAUCAUCCGCGGCAAGCGCGUCAUCAUGUUCCUCGACUACAACGCCAACCAUACCGCCGUGCCCUGGCUGCUCGAUGAGUUCUCCCAGAUCUGGGAGACGCCCUUUGACCCAACCGACCGCGCGUUUCCUUGCACCGUUCAGCGCCCGCCCGAUCUGAAGCCCGAAGACGCCAAGGACCGCAUGUAUCUAAUGAACCACAACCUCAAUGCAGAGUUUAACGUCUUUGACAUUCAGCUUCUCGUUCCAGCCGUAUCGCUGCUCAACCAAACCAACGCAGCCGACGGCGACGGCAGCCUGGGCAUGGCCGCCAACAACUGUCGCACCGACUGGGGCCGCGCCCCGAAUUUUCUCAAUGUCGACUACUACAACUACGGCUCCGACACGUUUAAUGGUUCCGUCUUCCUAGCGGCGGCCCGUCUCAAUAAUGUCACCUACAACCGCACGUGUUGUGGCAAUGUGUCUGCCGCGCCGGGCCUGACCAGCCCUACCUACUGGGUGGGUGCCGCGGUGCUCACAUUGGCUGUAUUUCUGAAUCUUUGA